AUGGGUAGUCAGUUUGAGAAUAAUUUUGCUACUGUCUAUUCAAAGAUUGAACAGCUUGAGACUAGACAUGAGAAUCUGAAUGGGAGUGGGAAGCGAGUUCAAUUCGCUCAAGAGGAAGGCAAUGAUGAUGAAGUAGAAAGCCCACCUCUCUCACCCAUGAAGCUUUCUGAAAGGUCUAAAGAGAAGGCAUUGCUCAAGAAAUCCAAGGAACCACAUGGAGUUGAUCAAGAGGUUGGUAACAAAAAUGAAUGCCAUGAGGACCAACCCAAGAAAGUUCAAAAAAAAUCAAAGAAAAGCUGCUGCAAAGAGAGAGCCUUAAUGCAUGACGGUAAGGAGGUGAAUUCUAAAGAACUCCCUUUUCCCAAUUCAUAUCUCAUGUCUAAAAGCGUUGCAGCAUCUAAAACUUUGAAAGAGGUUGUGGAUUUCUUUAGUAAGCUUGAUGUGAAUUUACCUUUCAUUGAUUUGAUUAAGAAUUCCCCUCCUUUUGCUAAAUACCUAAAAGAGCUUUGCACAAACAAGAGAAGAUUUAAGCCCAAUGAAUUAGUUCAAGUUAGUCCAAAUGUUUCUUCCUUGUUCAAACCUCAAAUCCCGAUUAAAUGCCAAGAUCCCAGUGCUUUCACCAUUCCCUGCACUAUAGGAAAGGUUGCCAUAGCUAGGGCUUUACUUGAUUUGGAGGCGGCCAUAAAUGUUAUCCCACUGUCGAUGUAUCAAGCUUUAGGAGUAGGUAUCUUACAGACCACUAUUGUUACCCUCCAACUGGCUGAUAGAACAACUAGGAAACCUGAGGGGAUUCUAGAGGAUAUCCUAGUGCAAGUCAAGGGCUUACUUUUUCCUGCUGAUUUUUACAUUCUUGACAUGGCCAAUGUAGGAGAGCAAGUAGUUUCUUUCAAUAUGUAUGAGGCAAUGAGGCAUCCAUAUGAGGAUUAUUCUCUUUUAGGCUUAAAUGUUAUUGAUGUUGCUAUUGAUAAUGUCGUUUCUGACUUUGAAUUAAAUAUGGUGUCCAAGGCCGUUGCUAAUAACGAUCAACAGCUAGUUGAUUCAGCCCUUAGAGAAAUGGAGGGAUUAGUAGCAGACUUGAUCAACCUUGGAGUUCAUCCCACAGCCAGGAAGGGAUAG